GUUUCAGUUCGGCCUGCUGGUGCAGAAGACGAUGCCAGAGGUGCACCGGCUCUUCGAGAAGAAUACCAUCACGCCAGAGCUGUACCUGGCAAAGUGGAUGCUCUCCCUGUUCACGCACCCGCUGCCCUUCGAAGACGCAGCGCGCAUCUGGGACCUCGUGGUCUGCGACGGCGUCGACGCCGUGGUGCCGCUGGCCCUCGCAGCGAUGGGACGCGUGCGCACCAAGACCGUGAAAAAGGCGGCCCCGGCCGCCGCCGAGCGGCCGCUGCCCUCGGCCCUGAGAUGUCUGAUGGCAGCCGCAACGUCUCGCCUGCUCGCUCGAUCCCUCGCAGCGACAACAGUGCGGUGGAUGCAGAUCGGCGCGGCCGCUUCCGCCCCGAAGCUGGGGGGUCUCUACGGUCGGGAAGAUCUCAGCGGUCUGGCGGCUGGGAUGUACGUCCUGAUACUGAGCGUCGUCCGCCUGCUCCUGCUUCACAUCGGGGAAUGGACCCUGGCGCCCCUGCCCCCUGGUCGGCGGUGCCUGCUGGGGGUGUACCACAUCGACGCCGACGAUGACGUGGGCGACUCUCCCGACUUCAACAUCCACUACUAUCGCGCCGACAUUGAAGCCCGCUUCGCCUCCCUGCGUGGCAACUUCGAUGACAUGGUCAAAGCUGCGGUCACCUCGUCCCUCCAUGCCGCCAGCGACCCGAUCCCCAAGACCUUGGACGUGCUGCGUCAGCAGGUUUCGGGGCAUGUCCAAGUUAUUGACCAGAAAGUCACGUCAGCGAUUCGCCCACAAUUCGACCAGCUCGCCGGAAUAUUCCAGAUGCAGCAGGACGCGCUCACCAAGCGCGUCUCGGAGUCGGGUGUGCGCGAAGAGAUUGGCGCCUUCCUCGCUGAGCUCAACUUCCGCGAGGCGGCUCGCGUGAUCGUGGAGAAGUAUUUCCCCAAGCUCACGCUGGACUUUCAGGUGAACAAGAAAAUCGCGGAGGAGGUUGCGACGAUCCCGUCGAAGCGCUUGCGCAACAAGAUUGCUGGCUUCACCACGCACCUGAUGAAGAGGAGAGAUUCAGCGCGGUCCUGUGCGCGGCAUCUCCCUGAAGUUGCAGGAGGAGGAGCGCGAGCGGCGCAUGGAGUACGUGCCGGAUCGGUCCGAGGUGGACAUCGAUUCAAUCCAGGUGGAUCCAGACACGCGCGACAUGCUCAAGGACGGGAACUCGACAUGGACAAGCUGCCCAACAUCACCACCAGCUCCCUUGGCCUCGGGCGGGCGAUGGGUCGGCGCUGA